AUGAGGCUGUUGUAUGGGUCACCUUUACCCCCUGGAUUGGAGGGACCAACACGCGGCGAGCUUCGUAUUCGAAUAGAGAAACUGCUCCUGAAGGAUGAGUUGGUGAGUACGGGCGCUUCGUCAGAUGUUUUAUCCGCAGGCUCACGCCCAUAUCCCAUACCCAUCGAUCACUGUGCGGUGAGUCCCUUGUUUUGGGGUGAGCAGCAUCCCACAUGUCAUUGUGUGCCGGCAACUCCCGGAAAGUCACGUGGUGCGGUGUCGCUUGUCUACCCCCUAAAAACAUAUGAACCGCAAUUCAGGGAGUAUCUCUCUCACAUGAGCCAUUCCAAGCAUAGAGGUGUUCAGUUUUCUGUAUUUGUUCCUAGUAGUUAUAGUGGGCGGCAUCGAUCCAUUUCUGUAGGAAAAAGCAUCAUUGCCUUGGACACUCUCAAGCCCUCUUCUCCUGUUUCUGGAUGGUUUGCCAUUAUGAGUGAUGAAGCGUUAAUUUUGUCAACUAUAAAAGACGACGAAAAAAAUCUGAGUUUGAGUUCAGUGGAAGUGGGAAGGUUGAGAAUGACAUUUACUGUGAACUUCUUUGCACGUGUUCCCCUGCUACCCGAACGUCAGGCAUUCCGCGGCACUCACAAGGCAUGCUAUGACCAAAGAGCUAGAGAAGAGAAAAUGGAAAGUCCCGGAAUGGUACAGGAUAGGGGAUAUAGUGAACAGGAGCUGCAGUCUGCACAGCUUUUGCCACUAGUCUCACCGGACACUGGUGCAGCUGCUGAGUCCCACAAACAGCAAUCGCGGCAAAAACAAGAGGCACAACAGCGUGUUCAUCAGGGCAGUGAUAUUACGAAAAUGGAAGUAUCAAAAUUACCAAUGUCGCAUGAGGAUCCAGUACCUACUGCUGGAGAUGCUCCUCAUCAGUCACCAUCCGUAUUUCAUCCCACCGUCACAUCGGUAAUAACUAAUCAAGAUGCUGUCAUAGGUGAGUUGCUUCAAAGGGGUAUUAGUCUACGUGACAAAAUGGCGAGAGUGCUAUCGCAUUCUACGGGUAUUGAUGAUCUGAUCUCUUCAUCAAAUGUUUUCUCUUCUCAACCACUGCUCAGCAUGCUUGGGGACCCUUCGGGCUACAGCUCCCCACUUACUGGCGUUGUGCAGCUUGACGACGGUCUCGUUAUUCCACAUGACCCAUCUGAAAGUUCCGUGAGUUCGGCAAGUGUUGAGACUGUGGUGAGUGAGACCGAUGAAUUGGGUAAUGACGCUGAUCCUGAGGUUGAUGCAGGUGGAGAGAAGCCAGGGACAUUAUGUGAUGUUCCAACUGGAAGACGUGCUUUUAGAUUACCAUUUCAGUCACCAGGAGCAUUCCAAAAUGGGGAUAUAUAUGUAGAGGUAGACCUCUCUCGGAUUGCCUUUUCCUCAGGACAAGUAACACUUGGUAUGGAGGAGAUGCGUGUGGGCAUUCGACUCUCGAAGGAUGUUAAGACUGAUGAGCCUGUAGAGUCUUAUUCAUCCUAUGUUCACCGUGUCCCUCUUGUUCGCGGAGCCGAACAUCACAUCGUGAUAGGUUUUUCAGUGCGUUCAUUUAGCGAAGACAGAAGUCGAAUGGUCAUAUCUUUUUACCGGGUGCGUUCUGCACCGGUACCAAAUCCUCCUGGUGAAAUAUUGUUGCCUGUGCCCGCUUCAGCGCAGAGGGUGCUUGUGGAAGAGACCCUGCUUGGAAUGUGCAUCGUUGGUCUACACAAUCAAUUUAGGGAUAUUGCUCUCCAUGACCCUAUCACUGGUGAAGAUCCCACGCAGGCCCAUUUACGCGUGAGUAUUCGGAGAGGCAAAUCACCCGUGUCGGAAGAUGGGUUUCUGGAUGAGUUACCCACCAAGGAAAGAGAUGCUAAUCAAUCUGUUUCAGGCUUGGAGGAAGCUGGGAAAGGCAUGCUACUCUCAAAUACCAAAAAACGUAAUGGCUUUAUUGAAAGUCAACAUAACACCAACGCCACUAAGUCUACGAUGAGGUAUUCACGCAAAUGGCAGCGCAAUGUAGCUGGACGGAGUUUCUCUUCUUCUUCUGCUUCUCUAUCAUCUCCCACAUCGUCAUCAUCUACGGGGGACUUACCACCCAGGGUGAAAGUGAACACUGCUGAUGAUAAACAGAAUGGUACUGGUGCUGGUGGUUGUAGUGGUGCUUCGCCCGAGUUGAGGUAUGUUCAUGGGAAAUGUUUUUCUGACUCCUCAGCCGCCCAAACUCCGAGAAAUGUAAUGGUAAAAGAAGCUGCUUUGAAUAGAGAUCAGCACACAUCUACUCCGAAAAUGGGUUCGUUGAUGGCUUCCAAUUUAGUUGAUGGCUCUGGAGAUGAGAAGGCUGCCCGUUGUGCUAACACCACUGCAAUGGCAGCCCCCUACGUGGAUCGGGCAUUGACGAAAACGACCCAAGGACGAUUUCGUAUGCAUGUAUCGAUACGUGCUGGAAAGGAGUUACCGAUGGUAACAAUAAGUCAAGAGGGUACCACGUUGCGGCCACUUGUUGCCGCUGUGGAUCAAUUAGAAAAUGGUGUACGCUCUGCCGUCACGUCUGAUGGACGUCUUGUCCUUGUUGACAGCAAACAUCGUGUAUUUAAAGCCCCCACAACGUUUUUUGUUGUUGAGGAUGUCUUUAAUGGGAUAGAUUCUCGGGCUGCAUCCAAGGGAAUUGUGCCAGACUGGUUUGUAGAGGCCGCCGUGCGUGGGAAGUACGACCGCACCUUGAUAAUCCCUGAGUCUCAGAGCCCACAAUAUGAUUAUGAAUCCGUCCUAUCUCUUCCUAGAGAGGCUGUUUUCCUUCGACAUGCUGUUGAUAGCAGAAACGCCACCCACCACGAAACAUCUACGCUUUUUCCAUUAGAAGACAACGCAUCCAAUGGUUUAUUUUGUUUGCGAGAAUUGCGCCUAACGCUAUGGCAUACCGUAGCCGACACAAAUAUACCGUCAUCUUCUACGUGGAAGGACGAUGAGGAACGUUUCUGGGUCCACACUGCCAUAUUGGGUGAGUGCCGAGUAGAUCUACGCUCCUUGAGAUUCCUCAAGCUGCUUGAUGGGUGGUACCGUAUAAACGCUGUUGAUAGAGCGGACGAGGUAGUUGGGUACGUCCGCGUUAGCGUUCGGAUGCUUUAA